AUGAUUAUUGACUCAGGUUCCAGUGUGAACUUAAUUGAUAAAAAUACCUUUAAAAAAAUUAGAAGCAACAAUCCUAAUUUAAUAAUCAAGAAAUCAUCAACAACCAUCUUUCCAUAUGUUUUGAAGCCUUUAAAAUUAAUAGGUUGUUUCAAAGCUGAAAUUGAAGCUAAAAACAAAAUAACUACAAACAAUAUAUAUAUCGUAGAUAAAAAUAAGGUUGGAAAUAUAAUGGGAAUUGAAACUGCUAAGGAGUUAAACAUUUUAAAAAUUGCAGAAAGUGUUAAGUUUGUGAAUAAUAAAGAACACUAUAUGAAUUCAGUGGAUAAUAAGUCAAUUGAAGCUGUACAGCACUCUAACGUGUGUAAAAACAUUGAUGAUAAAAUCAAACUUCCAACAAAUCAAAAUGAUAAUAGUUUUGAGCAUAUUGAUUCAAAUUGUAAAGUCACUUUAAAGUUUAAAAAUAAUUUGACAAAGUUAAUUGCAAAAUACGAAGACAUAUUCGAAGGACAUGGUAAAUUAAAAAAUUUUCAAUGCAAACUUUAUGUAGACAAAAACAUACAACCAGUUGCGCAAAAUUUGCGACGUUAUCCUUAUCACCUUCGAAAAGACAUUCGAGCAGAGUUAAAGCGACUUCAAGAAGCAGACAUUAUUGAAAAAGUUGAAAGACCACAAGAAUAG